CACCUAUUGUUAAAAGAACUACAGGGCAAUAUAGAGCUCACGGACCAAGAAGAAAGCAAAUUAAGCUUUAAGACAAUUUUCUUUGGCCAGAUAGGGGAAAAGAAAUCCCAUCUCUGAUCUCAGGACCUUUCCACCAUGGAAACGAUAUUGGGCCAAACCCUGUGGAUGUUGGUAUUUUACUUUUGCAUUUCAAUCACGUUGUUAUUCCUCGGGUGGAUCCUUUACUUUAAUAUCAUCGGCAUGCAUAUCCCGCCAGGAAUCAGCCAGGGGAGAAAACUGCGCCUUCUCUAUUUGUUUGUAAGAAUUCUUUUCGGACUGGCCAGGAUUCUGGAUAAACUUGGCAUCUGCCAUGAAUUUUUCAUAUGGAGGCUCCUUUGGAAUGGAAUACAUCCCAGGAAACCAUCUGACUUGAUUGUCAAGGAAAUGCUUUUUGACAGAGUGCCGGUGAUGGUCUGUUGUCCCAAAAGAGCAAGUCCAGAGAACAGACGAGGACUUGUCUGGAUCCAUGGAGGAGCAGGCUUGUUUGGAAGCCCCCGAUCCCACGAAAGGCUGUGCCACUUCAUUGCCCGGCAAAGUGACACUGUGAUCGCAUGCAUCGGAUACCCCUUGGCGCCAGAGCACCCCUAUCCAGCUCAACAACUCAGCUGCUACACUGCCGUAUCACAUUUUCUGAAGAAUGCGCAGGACUACGGGGUGGACCCGAAACGGAUCGUGCUGGCUGGCGACAGCAGCGGAGGCACACUUGUUGCCAGCACUGCUCAGCAACUUCUGAUGACAAAGGACCUGCCACAGCCCCGGGCCCACAUACUAAUCUAUCCUUUCCUACAAGGCCUGGAUUUAAAUUUACCUUCUUACCAGCAAAACCAGUUUAUUCCCCUCUUAGUCAAGAAAGAGGCUGUUCGUCUUGCCACAGUUUAUCUGUCGGGAACUGAUGCCGGGGUCAAUGAAAUUAUGGCCAAUGCUCAUGUCCCGCAGGAACUCAUGGCAAAGUAUCAGAAAUGGAUCAGUGCGGAACAUAUUCCGGAGGAAUUUAAAGGCCGGGGUUACGUGCCGUUUGUACCUGGUCCGUUUUCAGAAGAUCUUUUCCAAAAAUACAAAACAGUUUUCGACCCCAUAUUUUCCCCACUCCUGGCGGAAGAUGCCGUCAUCCAGCAGUUUCCAGAGACUUUCCUCUUAACCUGCGAAUAUGACAUUUUCCGAGAUGAUGGCUUGCUCUAUAAGAAGAGGCUGGAAGACAAUGGUGUCCCUGUCACCUGGCUUCACCUCAAGGACGGAUUCCAUGGGAUCACCUCGCUGAUAGAUAUGGGGUCAAUCCAGUUUCCAAGUACGAGGAAGAGUAUGAAUAGUGUAAUCCAAUUCCUAGAACGAUUCUAGAAAUCAAACAGCCUCGUUCCUCUUCCUUGUUCAUCUAGCCCUUGCCUUACAGAUCUGGAUCUGAAGAGGUUAUACCCUAUAAUUUCAUUCAUCUGUCCUGCUUAACUGACCUGAAGAUGGUCCACCAACCCUUUGAAGAGACACAUCCUUGCCCUCUCCAGCUCGUUCAUAGCCCACCACUCAGGUAGCCUGGUGUCAGGCUGUGCAGGAAACGGUGGUUUUCCCUCUUACCCAAAAAAGAGAAUUUCCCAUAUGACAGUCUAAGUGGCACCGAGGAACCAUUGGGAGAGUGGCCAGACGUCUAACUUUUGCGCUCUCCUCCUCCCUAUAGUCAGGACAGUGGUCUUUGGAAUAUCAAACUUGUGGAGAAUGUUGAACAUGACAGCACAAGGAAACAACAGCCCAUCACCAGCCAUCAACACCCCAAUGAACCAAUAGGAAGGCAUCACAUAAUUGCGACUCACAGAAUGGCCCAAAGUGCAUAUAGGUAGUCCUCGACUAACGAUAACAAUUGAGCCCAAAAUUUCUGUUGCUAAGUGAAUUUGCCUCAUUU